CCCCCAUCUGAAAAUAAAAAAUGAAAGGGCUGGGAGCUGGUUAUGUUAGUGUACCCCUGUAAUCCCAGCCCUCAGAAGGCUAAAGAAGGAAGAACACCGCAAAUUGAGCUCAACCUGGGCUACAUAGUGAGACCCUGUCUUCAAAAAAAGAGAAAAGCCUCAGCAAUAAAGAGGGAAGCUAAAAGGGGCUGGGGGUGCGUGUGGUUCAGUGGGAAGGCCCUGGGUAUAAUCUCCAAGACUGAAAAAAAAAAUGCACUUUUAAAAGUUAUUCUUGAAUUUAAACAUCUAGAUUAAAAUACCUUCAAGAUGAGAUUGCUUCAGAAAGCAGCAUGCCACAGCACGUGUCUGCCAUGUUUGGGGUUGGCAGGUGUGAGGACACCCCCCCAUCAAUGUGGAGGUUAUCAGAGCGGGCCCAGCAGAGGCUGCCUCCCCAGUCUCGUGAUGUAACCCGGUUUCCACCUGAUUCUGAGUGACCUUGGGGACAGGAGUAUUGCUGGGAAAAGGGAGGAGAGCAGGGGGAGAGACCAAGCAGCAGGCACAGGAGUCCAGCUGUGCUCCCCAGGUCUCCGGCUGCUUCUCAUCCUGCCAAGAACUUCACACCCCAGCGGAGGCCUGGCCUGGCGGAUUGGGAGAGGCCAGGUAAUGUGGUGCUGCACUGUCCCUGGGGCUUCUCCUCUCUGGCACUCAGAUUCCAUAGGGGAGCCGAGCCCUGCCUGGUCCCAGACUGGGGGACAGUGGUUCUGGGACAGAAUUCUCUGCUCUAAAAUUGCCUGGGGAUGUCUACUACAGUGCAGAUUUCUGGGUCUCACUAGAGCCCCCUUCCCCCGCCAGUAGAAUCCCUGAAGGUGGGAAUCAGAAACCCCAGUGUAACUGAGCUUUGACGUUGUUUGGCUGUUGCAGAACUGAUUCAGACCAUGGAAAGGAGCGUAGCUUGACUUUUCCAUCCAGUUCUAGGCUGCAGAACUGCUGGGGCUGGAGCCUUAAUUAUCAGCAUCACAGGUGGCCCUCCCCCAGCUGGCCUUUCACAUUUAUUCCAAAUCUGAGCCAACAAUGUGGAAUUCAUCUAUAUCCAAGUGGCCUCUUCUGGAAGCCAAGCCCUUUGUUUUACAGAUGGGGAAACCGAGACCUAAGUUAAUAGUGGGUUAAGACUGCAAUCCAGGGCUAGCGUCCUUCCCUUUAAGUUCUGGCAGCCCUUUGGGCUGGUAGGGUGGACAGUGUGGACAGAGGGCAGGAGGGGCAGGACCGAGCCCGGCCACCUAUGUUUCACCCCGGGCAGCGCUCAUGGCGUGGCAGGUGAGCGUGCCCGAGCUGCAGGAUCAGCUUCAGUGCCCCAUCUGCCUGGAGGUCUUCAAGGAGCCCCUGAUGCUGCAAUGCGGCCACUCCUACUGUAAGGGCUGCCUGGUGUCUUUGUCCUGCCACCUGGACUCGGAGCUCCGCUGCCCUGUGUGUCGCCAGGAGGUGGAUGGCAGCAGCUCCCCGCCCAACGUCUCCCUGGCCCGGGUGAUUGAAGCCCUGCGGCUCCCAGGGGGUGCAGAGCCCAUGGUCUGUGAGCACCACCGAAACCCACUCAGCCUUUUCUGCGAGAAGGACCAGGAGCUCAUCUGCGGCCUCUGUGGCCUGCUGGGCUCCCACCAGCACCACCCAGUCACGCCUGUGUCCACCGUCUACAGCCGCAUGAAGCAGGAGCAGAAGGAGGUGGACGAGCUUAUUGCCAAACUGGUGAACAACAGGACUCGGAUUGUCAAUGAGUCCGAUGUCUUCAGCUGGGUGAUCCGCCGAGAGUUCCAGGAGCUGCACCACCUGGUGGAUGAGGAGAAGGCCCGCUGCCUGGAGGGGGUGGAGGGUCACACGCGAGGCCUAGUGGCCUCCCUGGAGAUGCAGCUGGAGCAGGCCCAGGGCACUCGGGAGCGGCUGGCCCAGGCCAAGUGUGCGCUCCAGCAGUUCGGCAACGAGAGUUACCACGAGUUCAUCCGGAAGUACCACGCCAUGACCUCCAGAGCCGAGCUCCAGCAGGCGCGGCCCUUGGAAGGCACGUUCAGCCCUAUCUCCUUCAAGCCAGGCCUGCACCAGGCCGACAUCAAGCUGACCGUGUGGAAAAGGCUGUUCCGGAAAGUUCUGCCAGCCCCAGAGUCUCUCAAGCUGGACCCUGCCACUGCCCACCCCCUCCUGGAGCUCUCCAAGGGCAACACAGUGGUACAGUGUGGGCUCCUGACCCAGCGACGUGCCAGCCAGCCUGAGCGCUUUGACUAUAGCACCUGUGUCCUGGCCACCCGGGGGUUCUCCUGUGGCCGCCACUACUGGGAGGUCGUGGUGGGCAGCAAGAGCGACUGGCGCCUGGGGGUCAUCAAGGGCACUGCCAGCCGCAAGGGCAAGCUGAGCAAGUCCCCGGAACAUGGCCUGUGGCUAAUCGGCCUCAAGGAGGGCCGAGUGUAUGAGGCCUUCAGCUGCCCGCGGGUGCUGCUGCCUGUGGCGGGCCACCCCCACCGCAUUGGGGUCUACCUGCACUAUGAGCAGGGGGAGCUCACCUUCUUUGAUGCUGAUCGCCCUGAUGACCUGCGACUGAUUUAUACCUUCCAGGCUGACUUCCAGGGCAAGCUCUUCCCCAUCCUGGACACAUGCUGGCAUGAGAGGGGCAGCAACUCACUGCCCAUGGUGUUGCCCCCGCCCAGCGGGCCUGGCCACCUCACUCCCCGGCAGCCUACCACACUGUAGGCAGACCUGGUGCUGCACUGGGCACUGGGACUGAGGGCUUCCACCAGGUGACAUCUUCACUCUUUGGGAAGGGCUUCCCGCCUGUGUGUCCUUGGAGCAUUUAUGACAGGGAGAAAGGCCACAGUCUCUUCCUUGCCAGCCAGCUGGGGCUAGCAGAGCCAGCCAUGUCCUGCUGAGCAACCUUGUCCUUCCUGACCACGCUGUCUUCCAGCUGAGGGUGGAAAUGUUCCUUCCUCUUUAUCACUGUGAACUCAAAACAUAAGAAUAAUAAAUCUGACAGUCCUUCUUUCUCCUUAAGUGAUGUAAUAGUUAUAAAAUAUACUGUUUAAUGCUCAAGUCUGUAUUUUUGCUAUGUGGGGGACUGAACCCAGGCCCUUACCUGUGAUCAGCAAGCUCCCCCUCACUGAGCCGUACCCCAGCCUCUAUGUUUAGGCAUUUAAAAGCAUCUCUAAGGGCUGGGGAUUUAGCUCAGUGGUUUUGCCGCCUGCUGGGCAAGCACAAGGACCGGAGUUCGAUCCCUGGUACCAAAAAUAAUAAAUAAAUAAAAGCAU